AUGGAUAAAAUAAUCAAACAGCAUUUUUAUUUGAAUUAUGAGGAAUUCGAAAAAUUGAAAAAGGCUGCUAUUCUUUGUGGAUUCAAAAUUGAAAUAUACGAUGAAAAUGAGAAAGUUGAAUAUUUGAAAAAUGAAGAAAUUCAGAAAUUGAUUGAUCAAAUUGUUGAAUUCACAAAGAACAAAAACGAAGGUAAGCAUUUUCUGACGAUUUUUUUUUUGAAAAAUGAAAAUUAAAAAUUGAUACGUUCACGUGUUUUCAUUAGAAAACAAGUGUUCAUUUUAUUAAUUUAAAAUGUUGGAAAAUGACAGUUCUAACCGAAUCUAUGAAUGAAAAAUGGUGAGCGAAGCCUUUCAGAAUAUUUUCUAAAAACUACAAUAUGUCAAUUUAAUUUUGAAAUUUAUUUCAGGAUUUUUGAGUAUCGAAGAAUUGGAAGCUGUUGAUGAAUUUGUGACGAAAAGGGAAAAAGAAGCAUCGAAAAAUAAUACAGUUGUAAUUGAUGCAUUGAAUUAUGGAGAAGGAAGAGACCCCAAAAAUUGGAAACUGUAAGUUCGAAACCUAAUGUCUAUUCCUUUUAUUAUUUAAUUUAGUUUGGAAAAAGUUUUCGGAAAUCUUGUUUUUGCAACAAGAAAACAAAAGGGAGGAAAGGAGAAAGCACAAAUUGAUCUCUAUAACAACUUGCCAGUAUUAUUUUGUGACAAAUUGUAAGUUAAAUUUGUUCAAAACUAAACUCAAAUUAUUAUUUAUAGAUCAUCUGAUGAUAUGAUAGUAUUAUAUUUGGCAUGGAAAUUAGGACCGGAAUGUCGUGUUAUAACAAAUGAUUUUUAUAAAGAUCAUCGAAGAAAUUUGUGUAAGAAUGUGCCAGAAAUUGGGAAAAUUUGGGAUAAAUGGAUUAUUGAUGCGAUUUAUAGACAUGAUUCAAUUAAUUGUGAGGUUAGUUGUUUUCGAAAUUUUCAAGGGGCCCAAAGUCGAUUUUUGUUUAUCCCUGGGAAGAAAUACGACAUUUUUAUAUUAGAUCCAUAUUUUUUGUGUUAAUUGAAACCAGAUGUUAGCUCUUCUAAAACGAAUUUCAAACUAA